UACAUUUUCUAAAAUCAGCGAAGUUGAAAUGUUUUUCAGGAAGGAAGCUACUCCAACUAUUGCGUUGAUUCAUCUUAAAGGAGAAAUAGGUUCCAGUGCUGGUAUCAGCUACAAUACUGUUAGACGACAAAUCGACGAGGCAUUCUGUUUGGAAAAUUUGAAAGCUGUCUGCCUGGUUAUAAACUCUCCCGGGGGCUCUCCUGUUCAAAGCCAACUCAUCGCAGACUACAUUCGUUAUUCCAGUGACUCAAGAAAUACGCCUGUCUAUGCUUUUAUCGAGGACAUAUCAGCCUCUGGAGGAUAUCUAAUUGCUUGUGCAGCAGAAUUGAUUUAUGUUUCAAGAUUUUCAUUAGUUGGAAGUAUCGGGGCUGUGAUGACGACUUUUUCAGCGGUGCCUCUUCUUCAGAAGAUUGGAAUAGAACCCAAACUGUACACAGCAGGUUCUAGGAAAGCUGGACCGAACCCUUUGGUUCAGAUGUCCGAGGAGGAGGAACAGGAUAUAAACAAUCUUCUCACAUAUACUCAUCAGGAGUUUAUAAAGUGGGUUGAAUCUAGGAGAGGAGGAAAGAUCAGAAGUAAUACAAAAACUAAUGUAUUCUCAGGAGCCUGUUUUGGUGGAAACCAAAGUGUUGAGUUGGGUCUAGCUGAUGAUAUUUAUACAGUUCUAGAGGAGACUGUAGCUACCCUUAUACAGGUAGAUUUAUAUAUUCAGCUUGUCUGUUUAUAG